CCCCCCUUUAGUUCCAUCAAAUGUGAAGCUUUUUUUUGUUUUUGCCCUAACGUAAACACAGAGGCCAUGUCUACUGAAAAAGCAGGUCAAUCCGAUGCAUCGCUACAGACAUCAUCGCCUCCCCCCUACAGCCAAGUGAUGCAUGGGCGACACGCUGCCUUGUCCGUGGGCUACCCAGUGCAGACGCGACCACCACCUCCCCCUGUCGGGGUGGGGGGCUACGCUCAGGAGACGCAGUUCCAGGGCGGACCCCCGGGGUAUAACACCCUGAUGCAUCAGGGGCCGCUGGGCCCUGUCCGCUACAUGGCCCCGCCACCCCCUCCUCCCGGCUACGCCGUUCAACUCCAGCCCUACACGACGCUCAUUCCCAUCUAUCCCAUCGGGAAUCCUCCUCAGCCGUACCUACCGGGAUAUCCCGGGAUCGCUCCGAUUGGGCCGCAGUCCCGGAUUCCGUCGGCAUUCGGAGUUACGGAGCCGGAAAGGUGGCCUCACGACUACCUGCCCAUCGCGGUGUUAACGACUAUUUGCUGCUUCUGGCCGACGGGGAUCAUUGCCAUCAUCAAGGCACUGGAGACACGCCAGGCGGCGUCACAGGGCGACCACCUCUCGGCACAGAUUGCUUCCCGCCAGGCCCGGAACUACUCUUUCAUCAGCCUGGCCGUGGGUGUCUCCGCCAUGGUCCUGUGUGCCAUCCUGGUGAUCGUCGUGGCAAUCGAAGCCAAGCACAGCGGCGCCGACUGGGAACCGUAGUCACAGACGACGCAGUGUCGAAGCGCACGUGGCCCUGGACAUCGUACCCCUCUCGGCCACCCCUCCAGGAAAUACAACUCUCUCUCUCUCUCCCCGGGUUCAAAAUCAUCGAGACAUUCGGCAAGAAAAUCCUCCUUCGUCGGUUUUUAUUUUGGCCGAUUGGAGACUGGUCCAGCACUGUGCAAAAAACACUCGCUGUAUAUCCAACGUCACCAGGCAAAGACUGUGGAGAUCCCAAUGCUUUGGCAAAUAGACAAUAGACAAUA